UUAUCAUCUGUAAGUGUAGCAGCUGAGAGUAAAAGUGGUGUGGCGCGAGAAGAGUCGGACGGCGGACUCUGUUUAGUGUGCACUCUGAACUGGUCGGAGACAGUCGACGUACUCUCUUUAGUCCUUGCUUUCCUCGCACACGCGCGCAAAUACUGUGUUCAGUCUCUUCUUUUCUUCCACCAAACAAAAUUUCAGCAAGUGCAGUGUGUACUCCCCUUACCCACCACAAACAAAUUUGUGCAAAAUUCUACAAAUUUCCUCUCAAACUAUGUGAGAAAAUUCUACAAAAUCCCACCUCAAACUCUAUGUGAAAAAUUCAAACCUUCGUCAACCUCAAAACUUUGUGUGGAACAAAUAUUCUCCAAAUCUUCCCUUUUUCGGUGAAUCACCAAGUGUGCGCAUACCCCCCAAGGAUUUACAACUUCUCAGUGCUACUACAAUAGGACAAGUGUUUUUUAGUGCAGCAGUAUUGGAUUAUAGAAAUUCACGUUGUGACAAAAUUUGGAUUAUUUUGAAGAAAUUGUGCCGUGGUGUUGUGAUUUAAACCGUUGAAUAAAUCGUUAUGAAAAGUGUUCAAGUGCUGAUAGACGGUGGGAUACAGCUGAACGUGAGGUUGGCCCUGGCCCUACUUGAUCAGCAGGAGAAGGCAUGAGCGUGGUGGAUUCGGCCCUAGCCUGGUACUGCUACUACCCCCGGCUCCCCCACGCACACCACCCCUACCCAACACACCCCUCCCAUGCCAGUGAGAUGCGAGAAAAGGACUCGAGCCCGCGCAAAAUGGUCGUACAGUCUGCGAGUGACGGCCACAGCUCACCCAAACAGGCCGCAGUCUACCCGUUGACCGUCCGAAUCCACGAGGAUGGUCCCCGUGAGGAGUCCGUCGAGAUGCCGUUCGAUCUGUCCAGGGGGGCUGCCAGGGGAGGCCCUCAUAUGUCGCCCGCCGGACAUCCACCCCCUGAGGAAGACCAGCCCCGCGACCAACCCCUCGACCUCCGCGUCGACCGGAAGCGUCGCGACAUCGAGGACGAAAACCAGAACCUCAUCCUCCGCUCGCCCUCACCCGAGAAACGCAGCUCCGACGAAGGGGGUGACGCCCCCAUGAGUCCCGACCUCCACAAGCGUUCCGCACUCAACAACUACCCCGUAAUCUUCCCCCACCCCAUCGUCCUGGAAGCGAUGUACAGAGGAGGGGACAAAGUCGUUCCACGGUUACCAAUGCAUCACUACCCUGCCACCAGCCCCCCCGCCUACCCUGAUCGUAACAACUACCAUCACCCGUUCCUCCUCAACGGACACCCUCCUCUACCACCCACCCCACCAUCAUAUCCUCGACAAAUCCCCCCCAAAACCAUCAACAACAACAACAACAACAACUUCACAGACCCCACAACCACCACCACAAACAACAACAAAGCGAAAGACCGGUACGCUUGUAAGUUUUGUGGAAAAGUUUUCCCCAGAUCUGCGAAUCUAACCAGACAUCUCCGCACCCACACGGGGGAGCAGCCCUACAAGUGCAAGUACUGUGAGAGGUCGUUCAGUAUCUCCUCGAAUCUACAGCGACAUGUGAGGAAUAUUCACAACAAGGAGAAACCGUUCAAGUGUCCGUUGUGUGAGAGAUGUUUCGGGCAGCAGACGAAUCUCGACCGACAUUUGAAGAAGCAUGAAGCGGAUGGCCCGACAAUCCUGGACGAACGUGGCCCGCCGAUUAGACGUCCGCCCGGGUCGGCCGGAGGGGACGACUCCUACUUCGAGGAGAUCCGCUCGUUCAUGGGGAAGGUCAGCGCAGAUGGCGGACGUAACCUGCUGCAACGGAGUCUGUUGCCGUCGAGGCCACCCUACGCGGUCGGGUUUGUCGGGGAGGACGACAAGGACCACUUUUCGUCGCGUUCGUCGACGUCCAGUCUGGGAUCGUCCUUUCUACCGGAGAAUAAGGACGAGGAGGAAGCGCAGGAUACUUGAUGAAGGAUGGAGGACGAAGGAUGGAGAGUUCCUCUCUGGGCCUAGCUGCUAGUCAAAAUCCUGCAAGCGGGGGUAGAGUGUAUGUUACGAUGUGAUCCGUUAUGUGGUGAUAUAACUAGUAUGAUCACAUACGUUGAGUAAGGAUAAGGAAGGUCUUAUUGCACUGUGCUUUUGGUUGAAGAUAGAAGUUUGAAGUUUGAAGCUCGCUGGUUAAGGAUUAGAGUAAUGUGGGGCUACUAGUUAUUUUCUUUGCAAUUUCCAGCAAAUAUGUAGGCUUAUUUUUGAACAUGUAAGGCAUCACGUUUGAUGAAAGAAUUUGAAUACUUGAUAGUAGCACAAUACAACACUAGAAGUUGGCCAUUGAAAGUUGAUGAAUGAAAACGAAUUAAUUAUCAUGGAUUUGGUGAGUUGUCAAUAAUUAUUAUUGAGACAUUUAUUUUUGAAGAGAAUUUUGUUCCUGCUACAUUGAGGAAGUUUGUAAUAAUUCUUAUAUGAAUUAUGAAAUUCUAUGAGAGGCGUUUGAAGAUCUAUUAUAUGUUAAAUACGGCGUCAAACUCCACAUAACCAAUUUGUUAUUUAUUUGUUUGUUGUUGGAAGUAUUUGUUUGAGAAACUAAUCGAUAUUAGUUUAAAGUGUCAACUUUCUUUCAUGAAACGUGAUGAAUCAAGCAAGGAUCGAUUUUGAUUGUUGAGCUUUAACUUGUAGCCCUCGAUAGUGCAUCAAAAAAACUCGGUGUCUCAAGUGAUCUCUAGUUGACAAAAUUUGAUCAACUGAAUUGGAAAGUAUUGAAGGUAAAGACAGUAAAUUAUAAGACAGGGACCAGAAUAAUCUUACACUCCUCAAUUUUUUAUAACUGGACACAUCUUCAAUGAUCAGUGUCACAAGACAACGCAGGUUAUGUAUUGCAAGGAGUCAAUUUACGAAUUUUCAAUUGACUAAAUUUUUGUUAACUUUUAUGAAUAUAAUGCGUUAGAUUUAAGAAUAUCAUAGGGUAAAAUUGACUAUUGCAGUGUCAGGUAUGUGGUACCUGGACAAAAAACCACAAGAGCUUUUAGAUUUUAAGUGACCUUAUACCAUUUUAUAUUUACCAAGUUACCAAUAUGUUCUUCGUUCACUGUCUUUUCUAGAAUUUUUUCUAAGAAUUCUAUAAAAUAUACUUGAUGAGUCGAAAGUAUGUAGAAAUUGAAUUUUGAUAAUCUUGAAACAAUGGGAGGAUGCUUGAUAUCGGGAGGGUAUUUUUCUAUAAUUUUUCAAACGAUUUGUAUUAAUACUAGAUGAAAAUAAUGUUAGAGAGAAAGAUUCUGUGAUUGGAUUGAAUGUGAGGGAAUUGAAGAUACGAUAUCAGAGACAGAGUGUUUCAAGUUUUCAGGAGAAUGGAAAUCUGUUUUAUUGUUAUUUAUACACUUUUUUAGAGGGAGACGCCUAUUUUUUGGAUAUAUUAUUGUGAAGUUCAAUGGUGGAAAACAUGUUAUAAUUAAAAUUUGGAUAUAUUGGUAUUCAUUGUGAUGGCUGUGAAAUUUAAGCAUCCAAGUAUUUUUCCUUUUUAUUCUCAACAACAAUUUUUUGUACUUAAUAUUUUUUAUUGAUAUAAUGUAUACUGAAUUUUACAUAAUAUACAAGCUCUGUUAUCACUUGGCGUGAUUUGUAGAUCUUAUGCUCAGUAGAAAAUUUGAAAUUUUUCAAUUUACAUAAUAGUUUUAUAAACUACGACAAUCACCAUAGAAUCUGUUAUUGUAAUUGAUAAAAAGUUUAAACUAUUCAAAAUAUUUGAAACAUUACUUUAUCAAUAUUAAGAAACGAUUUAAAAGAGUUUGUUUAAUUUAAUCUGUUAACAUUGUAAUAGUAAAUUAUCUUGGAUUAAAUGAAUAAUGCUCCAAUCGAUCAAUAAUAAUAAUAACUUAUUUUGUACUCAACUGAUUACUUUUCAAUAAUUGUAUGAGAAAAACACAGGAUAAUCCUUGUGUGAAAUAUAUCUGCAGGAAGUUAACAGAAAAUAUAUUCGAAGGACUUCAAAUACAAAUCGAAUAAGUUACAAUAAUACAAUGUAAAAUAAGAUACUUAUUAGAGUAAUUGAUUGUUAAUUCUAAUUUUCUCAAUUCCAACAAAUUAUUUGAAAUUACAUGAAUAUUGAUGAUGAUAUUUCACAAUUUACUUAUUAGAGCUCACUCAAUUCAGAAAGUAUAUUUUCAUCAUCCGUUUGUAUACAAAUAUGCUACUGUUGAUACACAUAUCCACUUCUAAAAUCAUGAUCAUUAGAAGCCACAAAAUAAUUUUAUUGAGAAGAAUAAAUAAUGAUUGAUGAGGAUGAAAUUGAUAUUAUUACAACAAAGUGCGGAAUGGAAAAGUACAGUGAAUUGCUUAAAAUACAGUAUUAUUACUUGUCCAAGGAAUAGAUGCCAAGUAAUAAAUAUAACAGACAAACUGUAGAAAAUACUAUAUAAAAUAAAUUGGGGAGAACCCUUUACCUGCAUACUGAAUUAUAUUGGAAAUUUUACAGUACCUCAUACUUUGCUGAUAUGACAAUUUACGUUUAACAAGCCUUUAGUUUUCAUUGCAAAUUUGUUCACAUUUGCACGAUAUUAUUGUAAAAUUUAGCUGGAUGUGUUUGUUUUCACCCACAAACUCUGAGUAUUCUGGUGUGACAAUGACUAUUUAUGACUGAUUUUGUGUUCAAUUUGAGGAAUGAUACCGAAAAGUAUAAAAAAUGCUACCUUAGUCAAGUAAAAUGUUCUCAGCUUUGAUAAUUUUCAUUGAUAUCUCGAUGUAAUUGAUUUUUAUUAAUAAUAAAUGUUCCAUUACAUUUCGAAUAAUAUUGAGAACACUUUGUUACCAGAUCAGGUUUUCCAGAGAAUCAGACGAGAUGUUUUUGAUUUUGUCUAAUAAAAUAUUAAGUGAAAAAGUGCUAAAUCUGCACUAGUCAUGAUUUACAACAAGAAUCAUAAUAUAGAUUACCAUUUUCUUUUAAUCUCGUUUUGUAAAUUUUGUAAAUAAUACUGCAGUAGACGUAUGAUUUUUGUAGAGUUCUUGAAAAUCGUAACCGAUGUUUUAUUUAAGAAAAUGGAAAAUGUACAAAGUUUUUAUUUUCAGAUAUUUAUUAAUGAAGACAAUAAUAUAUUACUUCUGCUUUACCUUGAUUUUGUUUUUUUAUCGUUAAAACUAGUUUGUUCAUAGUUAUGAGAAAGUAUCAUAAGUUUUUGACGAAGUUUUCAAUGUAUCGUUAUGAAAGUUUGUAAAAAAUAUAUUUUAUUAGC